UCGGCUGCUUGUUGGCCUUGGGGAGGAGCUCGUUUUUCUAAUUAGCCCGAGCAAAAACUCUCGGCCCACUUUCUUCACGCGCUGCUGCAGCUAGAGAGUUUACUUUCGCAGGGAAAUCGAGCGAAGCAAAGCAAAGCCAGAUCCGACAGCGACAAUGUCUGCAGAAGAAGAGCAGGUGGUAACGGUGGAAGUAGACGUGGAACCGAAGGACGAGACUCCGAACGGAGGCGUGGAGGCGGCCGAGAGCGAGACAGCCGCGCCGACAGCUGCUGAGGAGACGACGGCUAACGGAGGGACAGCAGCUGCGACAGAGGAGCAGCCGGCGGGAGCUGACGCCGGAGGAGAGGACAGCGGAACCGAGGACGUAGUUGAAGCUAACGGGAAGACUGUGAAUGGAGUGCACCAGGAGGUGCAGACAUCUCCUGAAACAAAGGCCAAUGGAGAGGAAGUGGUGCAGGAGAAUGGAGAGCGUGAAGCUUCCCCUCUCCCAGGAGUGCCCAUCCACAUUGGUGAGUACCUGCAGCUGAUGCAGGCAGGGACUGACCUACAGAAGGUCCGCAAGUCCAAGGUCUACCCUCGCAUCUACAAAUUGGACAGCGACCUUCUCGCUAUAUCCUGGAACUCCCGCAGCAAGAGAGGGAACAAGGCCAGAAUCGCAGUCAAGCAGAUCCAGGAAGUGCGUCGCGGUCGCUCCACAGACAGUUUCAAGUCGUCCAGUCUUGCAGCCACCUUCCCAGAGGAGACUUGUUUCUCUGUCAUCUAUCUGGAUGGAGGGAAGCACCUGUCACUGGAUCUGGUGUCCGUGUCCGGUUCCGACUGUGGGGCAUGGGUGACUGGACUGGAGACACUCAUCAAGGAGAAAGAUACGGGAUCUCGCAGGUCAAGAGUGAGAGAGAGGUGGCUGCGAGAUCUGUUUGAGGACGCGGACAAGAAUGGAGACGGUACGCUGGACCUCAAGGAAGUGGUGGCCAUGUUGAGGCAACUCAACGUUGGCGUCUCCAAGAAGGUCAUCAAGAAACAGUUUGAGGCAGCAGACACUGAGGGAUCUGAUCAGAAAUUGGACUUUGAAGAGUUCUGUGGUCUGUUCAAAGAGCUGGCUUCCCGUCCCGAGGUGAAGAGACUCUUCCACCUCUACUCCUCCAAGAGCGAGUGGCUCACUCCCGAAGACCUCCAGCGGUUCCUGCAGCUUGAACAAGGAAUGGUGGACGUGAGUGUGGAGGAAUGCUCAAAGCUGAUUGGUCAGUACGAGGCCACAGACCAGGGCAAAGUCGAGGGACUAAUGAGCAUCGAUGGGUUCACUAUUUCCUACUGGGUCCAGAGAAUGACCUGUUCAACCUGGACCAUGGUGGGGUCUACCAGGACAUGACCCAACCUCUCUCCGACUACCACAUCGCCUCCUCUCACAACACCUACCUGCUGGAGGAUCAGCUGAGAGGUCCAUCCAGUGUUGAGGCUUACACCAGAGCACUACAGAAAGGCUGUCGCUGUGUUGAAUUGGACUGUUGGGAUGGGGAAGACGGAGAACCUGUCAUCUUCCAUGGCCACACACUCACCUCAAAGAUCCUCUUCAGAGACGUCAUUUCCGCCAUCAAGGAACACGCCUUCGUUGCUUCCCCGUACCCACUGAUCCUCUCCAUAGAGAACCACUGCUCCAUCCCCCAGCAGACCAAGAUGGCCGAAUACUUUGAGUCCAUCCUGGGAGACACGCUGUGCCGACACCCCGUCCCCGAGGGAGAGACACGGCUGCCUUCACCCGAGACCCUCAAGGGAAAGAUCCUCAUCAAGGGAAAGAAGUUGAGUGGAGGGCAAGAGGACGCUGACGAUGGCGAAGUCUCAGAUGAGGACGAGGCUGCAGAGAUCGACACCUCUGAGCUCCAGUCAGAGAAACCUGCUGCCACAGCUGCUGCAGCGACCGAGGGAGGGAAGGAGGCACAGGGAGAAGGAGAGGGGAAGGCGGAAGGAGGGGAAGAGGGGGAGAAGAAAGAUGGAGGAGAGGCCGAGGUGGCUAAGGAGGGAGAAGAGGCAGGAGAGGCAAAGGAAGAGGAGAAGACAAACGGAGUCGCUCACACUGCAGCAGAAGCAGCCGCACCGGAGGAAAAGCCUCAGAGUCCGGUCAGUGAAGAAGAGGAGCCACUCCCCAGGACCAGAACCUUCAGUUUCAGGAAGAAGAAGGCUCCUGCACCAGCCACCUCUGGGAAGAAGAAGAAGAAAGUGAAGCUGUCGACAAAGCUGUCCAAGUGUAUAAACUACGUACAGUCAGUACAUUUCAAGGGAUUUGACGACUGGGGAGACCACGGGGUUUUCUACCAGAUGUCAUCAUUUGGUGAGUCCUCGGCAGUCAAGUACAGCUCUCGGAACACAUCCACAUCCUUCAUGAUGUACAACAAGAGGCAGCUGAGCAGGAUCUACCCGUCUGGUCGCCGCGUCGACUCCAGUAACUACAACCCCGUGGACAUGUGGAACAGUGGCUGCCAGAUCGUGGCUCUGAACUACCAGACACAGGACGUGUCUAUGGAUCUGAACGAUGGCAAAUUCCGACAAAACGGCCAAGCUGGCUACAUCCUCAAGCCUCGCGUCCAGAGAGAAGAAAUGUCGCGAUUCGACUUCCACGACAGAGCAAUGCCGGGACUUCACCCCAAGCUCUACACCAUCACCGUAAUCAGUGGACAGGCUCUGCCCAAGCCACCCGGAGGCAAUAAGCAUGGAGAGGUCAUAGACCCAUACAUUGUCAUCAAUACUUUUGGCAGACCUGAGGACCAGUACAUGUUCAAGACUAGGACAAUCCAGGACAACGGGUUCAAUCCGACGUGGAACCAGAGUUUCUCGUUUGUGGUCCACGCUCCGGACUACACCUACGUACGGUUCAAGGUGAUGGACGAGGACUGGGGACCAAAUGCUGACGACUUCAUUGGACAGUUCUCGGCCCCUCUGGAGAGCAUUAUGCCAGGCUACCGCCACAUCCACCUGACAUGCAGUGGAAAUGCUCUUGAGAACACCUCUCUCUUUGUCCAUGUGGGUACCAUGGACUACAUUGGAGCCACUCCCAAGGCCGGCAAGGGAACCUUCAAGACCAGGAAGAACAGAGAGUAUCCAGCCAGUGUGUCGGUGAAUUUCCCAGCCAUAGACUCCAUCUACCACGGGAGUACGCCCAACCUCCGUAGAGCAGUGGACAUGAGGGAAGACUACACCUUUGCCUACGUCAUGUUCAAAGAGAACUGCGGCCAUGGGCCUCAGGCUGUCAUCAGUGACUGUGUACAGCUAAUGGCAGUCAAAGCCAAGACUGCCAACAUCAGCAUCUCCCUCGAUGUGAUAGGAGAGUCACAAGCCACUCAGGUCUACAGGGUCGACUACUCCACCAAAACCCAACCCCCUCAGACGUUGGUUGCCAUGGUGACAUCAUUCAACCACCUCAACAAAGCCAUUCAGAACCUCCUCGUCAACGGAGAAACCCUAGCAACAGAGCUGAAGAAGGCAUACAAGGACUGCUGCAGUCACCAUGGAGACCUGAAGACACACCUCCAAGAGACAGGGGCCAACUCGCGGAAGAUAAACACCACCAUGGAGAGAUACGGUUACGUAACCUGCACUUUGACCCUGCAGGCCGACCAGCUCCUCCGGUGCAGGGAGACUGCCGCUACUGACCUCAAGCUGAUCGGUGAAGCAGCCCAGAAACACGAGAUAGAGAUGAAGACCAAGAUGUAACGAUCCCCUCACUCCCAAAAACAUUAGCUUUUUUUACAAGUUCCAAAGACAGUCCAUGAUUUUUAUCUACACAUACAUUAUGGACGUUAUUGUUGUGUAUUCUAUAGCUUGUAUGUAUAAUGCUGUUUUAUACAAAUUUUUACUAAGUGGGGGAAUGGCUGGACUUCACUGUGCCACACCAAGAGGUUCUGGAUCUA